GGUUUUCGACUUUUGUGUGUUUUCGUGUGGUGUCUGCUUGCUUUUGUACAAAAGCGGGAAUCAACAUUGUGGGAAUCAACCAUAGCCGUGACCGAAGCAUUCAUUACCGUCAUUACCAAGUGCAAUGACUUCAUUCGCCGCUUUAGACAUGUCGGUGGACGAUAUCAAGAGGUUGAAAUGUAACAUAGCUCAAGGGAUGGACGCGAUUCGCAGUGUAGCAACCGACGUCCUUGAAGUCUGCGAAUCUGACGAAGCGAGGAAGAAUCUCGAACUCCUGAAGGAACAUAUGAAGGCACUGAUCAAGGAGGAGCAUGAUGCGGCAAGUUAUGUAGAAGCGGCGGAUACCCUUAAACAGCAGGCCAGGAGGCAAAAUGUAGCCCCGGACAAGAUGAAGGACGUGCUCGACACGGCCUACGAAGCGUCGAGGGCACGACAGCCCAAUCCCGAGCACCACGUGGCGUUCAAGGGACUUCUCAACAUGGUGCCUCUGGUGGAAGAAGGUGGUUCAAACGAAGAUUCAGCAAAUGACGACAGCAUGCUGGUCUCGGAAGAAAACCUACAGUGGAAGGAUCCCAUCACCCAGUGCGACAUCGAGCACCCCGUGAAAAACACCGUUUGCGGUCACAUCUAUGACAAGAACAGCAUCGCCCACUACAUCAAGACAACGAAGCACCCCAGGUGUCCCUACUUGGGCUGCAGGAACCCCAGGUCGCUACGAUCGACAGAACUCGUUGACGACUUGUAUGUGAUGCGCUUCCUCAAAGAACGAGCUGCGAGCAAAUAGGCCAAUCGUAUUGUUUGUGGGAACAAACAUUUUUCGCCCGCUUCAUUGCUUGUCACACCCAUCAACUUGUCCAAUAAAGAUUUUAAUUUUCA